CAAUGAAUCAUUGAAAGCCACAAAGAUCGAUUAUUGCGUACCGUUCGAUUACUUCAAAUUAAUCUCAUAAUUUUUCAUUAUGAUUAUAGUAUCUCUCCCUGUAAUGACCACCGAUAAUUAUUUUUUUAUUCAUCCCGUUCACUGAUUUAUCGUUAAAAAACUAUGUAGAAAAAAAUGAAUAAGUUGAUGAUUGGUUGAAACUUUAAUCGAACUCAAAGAUUAUGCAGACACCAAUUUGAGAAUUGUUGAUGUUCUGUUACAUUAUAUUAUAUACAUUGGACGACCACCAGCGUGAAAAGCAACAUGUUUCGUUUAGUCAAAACUAAGUUAACCGUUCCUGGGACGACCAGCAAAUGUUUUGCUGAUCAAAAAUUUAUCAAAAAAACUGGAGGAACUGCAAAACAAACAGUUCCUGAAUUCGCUGAUGUCGUUAUAAUCGGAGGUGGUAGUGCAGGAUGUCAUGCAUUGUAUUAUUUGACUAAGCGUGGAUGCAAAGCCAUACUUUUGGAGAAAUCAAAAUUAACGUCUGGAACAACAUGGCACAGCGCGGGGAUGUUUUGGCGUCUACGCCCGAAUGACGUUGACAUACAGCUACUUGAUUCAACUAGAAAACUGCUUAUUAAUUUGGAGAGUGAGACUGGUAUUAAUCCUGGUUGGACCGAAAAUGGUGGACUAUUCAUUGCUCAUAACAAGACAAGAAUGGAAGAAUAUAAGAGACUCGUGACUGCCGGUAAGUUUUUCGGAGUCGAGGCACAUGUGUUGUCACCACAAGAAGCUAAAAAUGUCUAUCCCUUGUUGGAUGAAAAAUCAUUCACUGGAGCAAUUUACAGCCCUCAAGAUGGUACAGUAGAUCCAACUAUGUUGGUUGAUGCUUUGACGAAAUAUGCAAGAAGUCAAGGAGCCAGGAUUAUUGAAGAAUGCCCAGUCACUCGAAUAUUAAUUCAAGAUAAUGGUUUUGGUGCGUCAAAAAACGUGACUGGAGUAGAAACGCCAUAUGGUACAAUACGCACAAAUUGUGUGUUAAAUGCAGCUGGAGUGUGGUCUAAAAAUUUAUCAAAAACGGCUGGUCUUGAUAUACCACUUAUUCCAAUGAAACAUGCAUAUGUUGUCACCGAAGCAAUUGAAGGUGUCCAGGGUAUGCCAAACAUUCGAGACCAUGAUAGUAGCAUUUACCUUAAAGUCCAGGGUAAUUCACUUCAUAUUGGAGGUUACGAGCCGAAUCCAGUAAUCUUGAAAUCAUUACCUGGUGAUUUCUCAUUUUGUCUAUAUGAACUUGACUGGACAAUUUUUAAUGUGCAUGUUAAAUCAAUGAUUGAAUUGAUACCAAAAUUGUCGACUACAGGAAUUAAAUCAACAGUUUGUGGUCCAGAAAGUUUUACGCCAGACCACAAACCAAUUAUGGGUGAAGAUCCACGAUGCAAUGGAUUCUUCUAUUCGUGUGGCUAUAAUAGUGCUGGAAUGAUGUUCGGUGGUGGCUGUGGUGAGCAAAUAGCCUCAUGGAUUAUAGAUGGACGACCUGAAAAGCACAUGUAUAAUUAUGAUGUUCGGAGAUUUACACCAGAACAAACCCGUGAUUCGGUAUGGGCCAACGAAAGAUCGCAUGAGGCAUACGCAAAGAAUUAUAGUAUUGUUUUUCCACAUGAUCAGCCGUUGAGUGGAAGGAAAUUCAAGACAGAUGAAUUCCAUGAUAUACUGUUAAAGUACGGUGCGGUUAUGCAAGAGGCUCAAGGAUGGGAGCGACCUGGUUGGUAUCAACCUGGCAAAAUCACCAUUAUUGAACCAUAUGAUUACUAUGGAAACUACGGUUCUUUGACGAAUAGCAAAGAUAAUUACGCGCGAACUUUGAAAAAAGAACACACUUUUAAUUUUCCGGAUCAUCAUCACACAAUCGGGGAAGAAGUUCAUGCAUGUCGUAACAAAGCAGUACUGUUUAACUUGUCAUAUUUUGGUAAAUAUUAUCUGUGUGGCCCGCAAUCAUGCGAUGCUGCUAAUUAUUUAUUCACGGCAAAUGUCAAUCGUGAGCUCAACAGGACAGUUUAUACGUGCACAUUGAAUGAAAAAGGUGGCGUUGAAAGUGAUUGUACAGUGACAUUAAUUGACACUGGCUCUGGUGGAGCAGUUGAUCCAAUAUUCCAGGGGAAGGCGUUUUACAUAGUCGCUGGUGGUUUAUCGUCAUAUCACACGUACUCUCAUUUAAACAGAACAAUCAGUAGACAAGGUUUCGAGGUGACACUCCACGAUGCUACUGAAAACAUGGGAAUUUUGUCCCUUCAGGGACCACACAGUCGCUCUAUUCUCGAAAGGUUAACAGAAACUGAUCUAUCUGGCAACCAAUUUCAAUUUUUGAUGUCUAAAGUAUUAUCAAUCAAGGGACAGAUUGUUCGUAUUUUUCGAAUAAGUUUCGUCGGUGAACUUGGCUACGAACUUCACAUACCUCGCGAAUCUUGCGGAAUUAUCAUAAACUUGUUGUUUGAAAUAGGUAAAGAUUACGAGCUCCAGCUUGCUGGUUUCCGGGCAAUGUACAGCUUGAGUUGUGAAAAAGGCUAUCAUCUGUGGGGAUCAGAUCUUCGACCCGAUGAUAAUCCAGUCGAAGCAGGACUUGGUUUCGUUUGUCGCCAACACGAUCUUUACCAGGGGAAAGAAGCAGUUGACAAACUCAAGACAAUUGGAGUAAAAAGAAAAUUGAUUCAUGUCCAUGUUAAGAAUGACAAAUUACCACUUUGGGGCUUAGAAACACUGUACAGAAAUAAUUCUGUGGUUGGAUACUUGAGACGGGCUGAGUACUCGUACUUUUAUGGGAACAGUAUUGGUCGUGCUUACAUUGUUAACCCUAAUGGUGAUAAUGUGACAAGACAUUUUAUUGAAACUGGCGACUAUAGUGUUGAAGUUAUGGGAGUUAAAUAUCCAGCAAAAGCUUAUUUAACUAGUACGUUUGAUCCGGAAAAUAAACGGAUUCACGGCAAUUACAGUUAAGUCAUUUGAAUGCAAUUUUUCAUGACUAUAACGACGGUCUAUUUAUGACCGGUUUUUAGUAACAUCACUACUACACUAUGUUAGCAACUACACUUUAAAAAAACGUCUACUGCACUACUACACUACUAAAGCUACUACACCUACUACACGUCUACUUCACUUUUCUUUGAAUCACUUACUACAACUCAUCAAUAUCAAUUUUUUGGGCGAAAUAGAAUUAUUAUUCAAAGUAGAUUUAUGAUUUUUAAUGUUUCAUCGAUGUUACGAAAUAUUAUACUUUGAGAAUGCUCAAGAGAGUACCUUCGUCAAUGAGUUUUCUUACCGAUUCUCUAAUAUUUUGAUAGAUGAAUCUUGAAAUUCCCCUGCAUCAAAUGAUCCUAAUUUCGUAAUUAUGUCCUAUCCAGUUUUCGAGAUAAUUGAUUCUUAACAGGUAAACUUUUCAAGAGGUUUAACAUUGCAUGUAUCCCAAAUAGAAAGUGAUGACGGGGACAAGCCUGGAAGAAGCCUGAUUUUCAGAGUCUGAGGCUUGUGUCAAACAUCGCUGACGGGCUUGUGCCAAGCCUGGAUGAACCCUGAAAUUUAUACAUCUAAUUACAAUAUUUUUUUAUUUUAAUUAAAUAUAUGCACAAGUCAAGUCUCGUGUCAGGUUUGUUGAAACAAUGGGCACCAGCUUGAUACGAAGCUGUGUUACUAGGCUUGUUUGAGACCAAGGAAACCAGUUGCCAGUUUGAUCCAAAAUUGAUCUGUUAAAAUUGAUAUUGUUUAGAUAAUUUAAAAGAAAAUUGAGAUUUUUGUCCCAUCCUGAUUCAGAAAUAUUGUCAAAUAAAGUUUACGAAAUACAUUAAUAUUUUACAUGAACAGUGAAGUCGAGUAGCAAUGAUGUGUCGCAAACAGCUGUACACUUAUUAUAUAUGUCACGUACAUGCAUACAUACAUCCUGAUGAAAAUAAACUUUUUUAUGCAAAUAAAUUGCAAUUUUUUUAAAUUAAUCUUUCUUAGGAUAACUAAACGCAUUAUAUAUUUCAACGAAUCUAUAAUAAAUUUUUCAACCUUUUUCUAGAACUAAAUUCAACAGCUGUCAACAACAACAAGCAUCGAAUAUUCACACACCCGGAAGUAUAUAUUCAACUAAACUUAGCCGAGAUUGGCUGGGAUUGGUACAGUAUAAGGCAAAAAUUUUGGGCUACAAUAUAGACUUUUUGUUUUCUUGAUUCGUGCGGAGGUACUCUCUUAAAACUAUAAUAAAUUAUUUAUACAUUCGAGUGGGAUAAAACUAUAACAGUUGUUGAUUUUCAAUCAUAAAGAUAAUGACAAAUUCGACACCAAACGCCAUUUUAUUUUAAAUAUUCGAAUUAUAUGAUGGCUAGACUCCACUAGUACAGCAGUACUACUCCAUAUCUGCACUUCUACUAUAAUUUUAGUUUAGUACACAAAACUACUACAAAAAGUGUAGUAGUAAAAAAACAACUCUUACCCUACGACCUAUAGUACACCCUACUUCACUCGACUGACACCACAGACUGACGCCACUACAACACAUAUGAAUAGCCCCUCGGGUUAUAAUUUUUAUAAACGUAUCAAAAAAUAAAUAAAAUUACAGUUACAUACUGUAAUUGAAUUUUGUCACGCUGUUCCCUGAAUGAAUAGAUCAUUCUGAAAGUUAUUAAAAUAGUCAAGUGUUUAUGGUUUUAGGACUGAAAAAAUUUCAGUCGAGGCCGAAGUCACUUCAAAAUUUAGCGAACACCGGAUUACAGAUUCCUUGUAAUCACACAAGAUUUCCGAUAAUUGCACAAUUUUUCUCUUUUUUGGUGUCAAUAUAUAUAUAUAUAUUGUAACCGAUUUUCUGACCUGCACGGCCAGAACUAUCGGCCAAGGUUAACAACGAGGAUUUCUCACCAUCCUCCUCAAAAUCACCGGGGGGAGCCAUGUUGGUUAUCUCGGAAGCCAACAGCCGUAGGAGUAACAAGAACAAAAUACGAGAACCUAACUCAGUCUUAGAAAUGGUAGAGGGGCGCGGUCCACCUGAUCGGACUAUGAAAUACGUAACCAAACCUGAGGGAACUAUCGUGAACCAAGUAGAGAUGCAAGCCGGUAUGGUAUUUGGUAUGGUAUGGUAUUUAAUACCGUAUUGAUACGGUAUGAUACCGCGGCCCUGAAAUGAUACCGAUACCCGGUAUUUUCCGUAUUUUUAUGCAAAAUACCGUAUCAGUUUUUACGAUACCGAAAUGCACCUCUAUAGUUGAAAAAUACGGUAUUGAUACCGGUAUCAAUACCGGUAUCAAUACCGCGAUACAGCGCUGGCGUCGGUCGGCCAUCUUUUAUUUUUGUGUAAACAAACAAAAAAAAAAAAAAAAAAACAGACGCUGGUGAGAGAGACAGAAGCAUGGAAGUAAAAAUUACAUAUUUACAUUGCAAAAGGUAUGAAAAAGUACAUUAAAAACAUAAAUAUUGUUGCUACAUUUAUUGUUAAGGGUUUAGAAAAUUGGAAAAAUAAUAUUUUUUGUCUAUUUUAGAUCAGAUUUCAGAAAAGUCCUAAAAAAUUGUGCUGGUGCUGGAAUAAAAUCCAAAAUUGUUGUGUUUGUCAGUUGGCAUGGUACAAAAAUUGAAAUAAGGUUGUGAAAAAAAAAGCUGUUGUGCAUUUGAUGUCAGUUGUUAUUAGUAAGUUUAUACGUUGAGUUUAUAACUUUUUAAGAUUGCUGAGAUUGAGUGAUAAAGAGAAGUAAAAUCUGGGCACCAUUUGAAUGGUGGAUGUCAUUGUCCAAGAUGUGUACACUAAGCAAAGUAGCAAGUGCAAUAUUCACUCUGAACAGUACCACA